AUGUUCCAAAGCAAAAGUUAUAUUGAGAAAAGACACGGGAAAGACAAGGCAAAUAGAACAGACUAUUUGACACAACUUGUACAAGAGUAUCAAGUGACUACAAACACUCAAUACUCAAUAGAAGCGAGGCAACAAAUACUUGCUCAUUUGGCUAACUUUGCUUAUGAUCCCAUCAAUUACAAUACCCUUUGGGAUCUAUACGCAGUUGAUCUGUUUUUAGUCAUAGAUGCAUUGAAUGAUUCUAAUCUCCAAGAGUUCGGCAUGGGAGGAUUAGCCAACAUUUGUCUUGGUAAGCUUUGA